CCCAACAAACAAGUUCACUCAACAGUCUGCCUCAAGCAACCACCGAGAUAAGAUAGAGAAAGUCGCGAUGUCACGCCCGAUUCUGUACACGCUCCACCUGAGCCCUCCCUGCCGGGCUGUCGAACUGACGGCCAAGGCGCUGGGCCUCGAUUUGGAGCAGAAGGUGGUCAAUCUGCUCACCGGGGACCACCUGAAGCCGGAUUAUCUCAAGAUGAACCCCCAGCAUACGAUUCCGGUGCUGGACGAUAACGGGACUAUCAUUCCGGAGAGUCACGCCAUCAUGAUCUACCUGGUGUCCAAGUACGGCAAGGACGACAGCCUGUACUCGAAGGAGAUCGUCAAACAGGCCAAGCUUAACGCGGCGCUGCACUUUGAGUCGGGCGUUCUGUUUGCGCGGAUGCGGUUCUUGUUUGAACCGAUUCUGUUCCGAGGUAGCAGUGAAAUGCCAGCCGAUCGCACGGAGUACAUCGAAAAGGCUUAUCAGCUGUUGGAAGACACCCUGGUUGAUGACUACGUGGUUGGGAGCACCCCAACGAUCGCCGAUUUCAGCUGCAUUUCUACGAUCUCGUCGUUGAUGGGAGUUAUCCCACUGGAGUCGACGAAGUAUCCCAAAAUUCUUGCCUGGGUUGACCGUCUAAAGGCAUUGCCGUACUACGAAGAAGCCAAUGAAAGUGGUGCCGUCCAGUUGUCAUCAGCUGUUCUGGCUUCCAAGGAGAAGAACGCGGCCAAGGCCUCGCUGUAACAAUGCAUGCAAAUAAAUACUUCGAUGUUAUAUUGAAA